UUGUCAGAGCACACAAGCCAUUGCUACCAAGACAGCCUUACAGGAUUCAAUCCUUACCUAGAAGCUAACUUCGGGACUGUCUAUGGAGGAGGUGCUGCGCCGUUAUUUGAGAAAUUAGAAUGUGCAAGAGAUUUUUAUGUGGGUUGCUGGUAAGCAUGUCACGAACCCUCAAUCACCAGCGAUCACUGAGAGGUGUGUGGUUGGUAGUUGAGGAAGUUGGGCAUCCGUUCAUUCAAGCAUCUUUCAAGAUCAAGCGCUCAGGUCUGACCGGUGCUAUGUCCAUCUUCCUAUACGUCAGAACUACGUUUGAUAGUUAUAGCCAACAUUCGACGCGGUGUUGCACUCCCCUACCCAUUGCACGUUUCAUCCAGACUACCCCUGAACUUGAUGUCAUCAACUCUUCCAACACGUUUGCAGGUUAUGGAACAGCGCCUAUUUCUAGGGUGGACUUUCGUUUUCCAAGGAGGUACCCGUUGGCAUCGAACAGUCGAUAGGAUGUAUCAUGGGUGUUACCACUAUACUCUCGUCUCAAAUAUCAGACGUCUACAUCCUCAGAUUUCGUAUCGCACGACCUGAGUGUCGACACGGUCUUUGAGGGACGUCAAUGUGAUCCAUCGAAUCUA